UACCUGGACACCCUCCUAAUUUUCUCUCUUUCUCUUGGAGCCCUAGUUUUGUUUUGGGACGGUUUGUGACAUUGCUCAGAAUUGCUUGAGCAAGUCUGUAGGUCGAAUGGAUCUACCCAAUAUUUGCUUGUUUGUUUAUUAAGGACUCAGAUAUUUGGGGUUCUGUUUGAUGUGAACUGUGUGGAUGAUCUGAUUGUUUGUUGCAUUGGUGGUAACAAUGUCGGAUGACGUGCUUAUGCAUUUCGCUUCCAACUCCUCGAACCAGUCCGAUAACUCACUGCCCACAAAGAUAGCGAAGCUCGAAGCGCGGAUGGUCGGAAAGGCUCCGUCAGUUGCGCCCGGCUCAGUGCAAGCAGCCUGGUCCACAGUUGUGUCAGGGGCGAGGUUCGGGGCCGCUGCCACUACAGAGGAUUUUGCAGAGUCAUUGCUCUCAAGUGAUUCUGAAGAUGAUAAUGGAGCAGAGUAUCUCAUACAAGCAAAUACUCAGAAGCGGCAGAAACUUGAAGAUGAUGACAAGUCAUCUGGUUUUGAACAUGUUGAGGCAGCGGCUGACAUGGGACAAAGGGUUGCAGAAACCACAGACCCAAAACCAGUCAUUGAUAUGAGUAAGAGAAGACAAGGUCGUGGUAGGGGCAAUCCUGCUUCAGGCAGAAGCCGUGGUUCCAGGAUUAAUGGUCAGACAAGAACACCAGCUUCUUUGAGUGUUUCACCAUCAAAUGCGCAGCUUGAGAACUCAUAUCAUAAGGAUGGUUGGUCAAAAGAGCAACUUGCGAGUGAUGAUCGCUCUUCUUUGGAGGCAAAGGUUGCAGUAUUAGAUGAAGACCUUAAGAAAUCACAACAAGAAACCUCUAAUUAUCGGCAACUGUGCCAUCAAUUAGAAAAGGACCUGAAGGACCUUAAAGAUUAUGAACAACAAAUGAAGCCAAAGAGAAUGAAGAUAAUAUCUGAUCUACUGAUAUCCGUUUCAAAAGCUGAGAGGCAAGAAGCAAGGUUGAAAGUGCGCCAGGAUUCUCUGAGGCUUGGAAAUGUGGGUGUAAUCAGAGCUGGAACCAUCAUAACCGAAACAUGGGAGGAUGGGCAAGCACUUAAGGAUAUCAACAGUCAUCUGAGACAUUUAUUAGAAAUGAAGGAGGCUGUUGAGAGGCAGAGGAAAUCAUUGAAGAAGAGACAAUCAGAUAAGGGUGAAGUGGUUGAUCCAGAAACAGCAAUUCAGGAAGAAGAUUUUAUUGUCCAGGAUGAGAUAUAUAAAUCUCGUCUAGCCAGCAUCAAGCGUGAGGAAGAGACAUUUAUGCGUGAGAGGGAUCGAUAUGAGCUCGAGAAGGGAAGGCUUAUACGUGAAAUGAAACGGAUACGAGAUGAAGAUGGUUCUCGUUUUAACAAUUUUCAGAUUCUGAGCCACCGGUAUGCACUCUUAAACCUUCUUGGGAAAGGAGGAUUCAGCGAGGUCUACAAGCAGGCUUUUGACUUGGUGGAGCAUAGAUAUGUUGCAUGUAAGCUUCAUGGUCUGAAUGCUCAAUGGAGUGAAGAGAAGAAGCAAAGUUACAUACGGCACGCAAUUAGGGAGUACAAUAUUCACAAGAUGUUGGUGCAUAACCACAUUGUUCGGCUUUGGGACAUUUUUGAAAUUGACCAAAAUACAUUCUGCACUGUCUUAGAGUACUGUAGUGGUAAAGAUCUUGAUGCAGUUCUUAAAGCAACACCAAUACUGCCAGAGAGAGAAGCUAGGAUCAUUAUUGUUCAAAUAUUUCAGGGCCUUGUUUACUUGAACAAAAGAACCCAAAAAAUUAUCCAUUAUGAUCUGAAGCCUGGGAAUGUUCUGUUUGAUGAGGUUGGUGUUGCUAAAGUUACUGAUUUUGGUCUUAGUAAGAUUGUAGAGGAUGAUGUUGGAUCCCAGGGCAUGGAGCUCACAUCACAGGGAGCUGGAACAUACUGGUAUCUGCCUCCAGAAUGCUUUGAGCUAACCAAGACACCCCUCAUAUCUUCAAAGGUCGAUGUUUGGUCAGCUGGCAUUCUACUUUACCAGAUGCUCUUUGGUAGGCGUCCUUUUGGGCAUGACCAGACACAAGAGCGAAUUUUACGAGAAGAUACCAUCAUCAAAGCUCGCAAGGUGGAAUUCCCUUCCAGACCUGCUGUCUCAAAUGAAGCAAAGGAUUUUAUUCGUCGAUGCUUAACAUAUAAUCAGGCAGAGAGGCCGGAUGUAUUAACAAUUGCUCAAGAUCCAUACCUUACAUAUACAAAGAAAUGAAGCAAGCAUGAUCACCAUGAAUGCAAAGGUAUGGUAUGGAAGUUUAAUUUCAAUCAACUUUUUGAACUUUUGAAUUUAACAGGAAAACCACAGGGUCGUUGCAGCAAAGGUUUUGUAUAGUAGGUUUUGUAAAGCUUUUAUUUUAUGCAACUUCUCUUGUGUACCUUCUUGUUGCAACCAUUUUCCAUUUUCCAUUUUCCAUUUUCCAUUUUCAUUGCCAAAGUGGGGGGCAAUAACAUGAAGACGAAGACGACCAUAUUGGGAGGAUAUUUCAUUCCAAAAGUUUUUUUUC